UGCUGACUCGAGUGAAACCGAAGAUGAAAGAGUAGAGAAAUGGCUCAGCAUUCUCAAUCACAUUGUCAACAUUCAUCAACAUGCUGAGCACAGCAUCUUUGUUGAAUGUCUUCAUGGACCAGUUGAAAGAGAUUGGCUUAAAAAAGGCUCAGCAGCUUACAAAAAGUUAGAAGAAAUGGUAACUAGGCCUCGACUUAUUGCUGCAAUCCGCAAGUUAUCUAAGUAUCACCAAACAUCAGGCUUGGAGGCCAAACAUGCUUUAGAUAACUUGUUUGCUUCAAAGAAUACCUAUCACUCUUAUCAUUCCCUGAGUGCAAGAUUGUACUGCUCAAACUUGCACUACAAUGAGAACAGCAAUAGGAAGCAAGCAACAACUGCUGAUGGAAAGUUAAGAUGGGCAAUUUCUUAUCCAAAAGCCUUCAAAGGGGAGAAAGCAGUUCCAAAACCUUUAAAGGAAAAGCCAACCUAUAAAUAUAUACACUUGAUAUUAAACAAAGUCAUUGAGAUGAGAAGCCAGUAUCCUUCACUGAAGAAAGCUAGAGUUUAUGCAAAUGAUAUGCUACCUGCUGAACCACAAUCUCUAGUUGAAAAGUAUUUGGCAGAAAGGGAGAGACCAUCAAAGGAGCAUGUUGUGGCCAGCAGAAAAUCAAGGUUUAGCACACCAGCUUUACCUAUAAGUGAAGAAAGAAGAAAUAAUAAGCCUUGUGCUUGUAAAGGAAAAUGUGCUACUAGAAAGUGUGAUUGCCGGGCAUUGGAAGUGAUCUGUGACAGCAAAUGUAAAUGUAAAGUAGCAAAAUGUAUAAAUCGAGAAUGAAACAAAUUUUAGACCAUGUAAAGUCUGUUCUACACACCAGGUCUGCUUUGGGUGCCACAGCUAUAUGUUUUACUGCUAUAUUUGCAAAUAAAGCAAUUCCAAAUGAAAUCAAAGUGUUUGUUCACAUUAUGGAGUUUACAUGCUCUAUAAAUUUAUGUGAAUAUAAAUACAUGCACAGAAUGCACAUAGGCAGAGAGGAUUAUUUCACAGGGGUUAGUUAGUUCCAUUUAACUUGAAUAUAGCAAAUU